AUGGCUUUCGCUCGUCCUUCGACACCCUCUGCUACCCCAAAACGACCAGCAACACGUGCACAGUCCCGCGCAUCGUCCCGUCCCGCCUCACCCUCGAAACCCUCCACCCUCGCCUCAUCACUCAACCAGCCUCUGCCCCGCCCCGCCUCUCGAACGGGCAUCGCUGGCACCUCCCGGCCAGGCUCUAGACUGUCUACGACGAGCAAUGGUGGACCUUCCAGCCCCACGAAGCGGUUGUCGGUGACGGGCGAGGUCGCUCGAUCGAGCGGUGCAGGGAGGAGCUCGACGCCGACAACGCCAGGCGGGACAAGGAUUCGCCCGAAUGGCUCCAACAACAUGCUUUCGGCGACUGGGAGCUUGCUCAGCAUCGCAUCCGCACGGAGCACAGGCGAGCGAGGUCCUGGGGGACAAGCACGACCGAGUGUCGCUUCAACCAUCGCCUCGUCCGUCUCGUACCAGACAGACCUGGACGACAACCUCGUCACAGAAGACGAGCUCGACGAUGUCCCCCGGCGACGAGCAGGAUUUGGUCCGCCGAGUACGCCAAGGGGGUCACGUCCGUUACUGGAGGAUUUCGAGUCUGAGGAUGGGCGCAGGAGCUCGAUUGUCGAACGGGCGUACGAGGAGGUAUCGGGGACUGAAGGGGAAGAGACGGAGACGGAGGAGGAGGAAAAGGACGGCAAGCAGCAGAAUGUCGUCGUCUGCCUCCGAGUACGUCCGCCGAAGUCGACCAAUGUCUUCCCCGCACAACCCAUCUACACCUUCUCCCCUGCCGACUCGACCCUCUCGCUCACCUCCUCGCACCCGACCCUCCUCAAACGCUUCGGCUCGUCGACGUCCGUGCCGAAAGCGAUGUCGGACGAGUACGAGUUUCGCUUCGACUUGCUGCACGUCCACCCGAGCCCGACGGAAGACCUCUACGACAAGAAGAUUCGGCCUGUAGUCAAGGCUGCGCUUGGCGGCUUCAAUGGCACAGUUUUCGCCUACGGCCAAACUGCCUCCGGCAAGACGCACACUAUGCUCGGCUCGCCCUCGGAACCCGGCAUCAUCCCCCUCGCGAUCGACGAACUCUUCUCCCACAUCCACAGCCAACACUCUCGCCGAUCGUACUCGCUCCGCGUCUCCUUCCUCGAGAUCUACAAUGAACAGCUGCGCGACUUGCUUGCCUCGUCGACCAACGGCAAGGGUCCCGAGAUCGUCGAGAAUGGGAUGGUGAAGAACCUGGAGGAGCGAGCGGUUGGUUUGCCUGAAGAAGUGCUGGAGGUGCUGAAGGAGGGCGAGACGAGGAGGCGAGUCGGCGCGACGGACUGGAACGAGCGGAGUUCGAGGAGUCACUGCGUUUUCAUCGUUACGAUCGAGUCGAUGAGCAAGAAGGACGGAUCGGCCCGGACUUCGAAGCUCAACCUGAUCGACCUGGCAGGAUCCGAGUCGGCGACUGGGCAGGAGGAGCGACGAAAGGAAGGCGCUUUCAUCAACAAGUCUCUUCUCACCCUCGGCACCGUCAUUGGCAAGCUCACCGACCCGACCACCUCGACCGCCCACAUCCCGUACCGCGACUCGAAACUCACCCGUCUCCUUCAACCGGCCUUGUCCGGCAACUCUCGCGUCGCAGUCGUCUGCACCGUCUCGCCUGACGCCGAGCAGGCCACCGAGACGCUCAGCACGCUUAAGUUCGCGAAGCGGGCGAAGAUGGUGGUUACCAAGGCGGAGAGGGGUGUCCUCGUCACCGACGCCGUCAUGCUCAAGCGCUACGCCGCCCAGAUCGCCCACCUCGAAACCCAGAUCUCCUCCCUCGAAUCGCAUACUCUCGCUUCCGAACGCGACGCUGCCUUCGCCCGUCUCACCGAAGCUGAGCGGCUCGGUCGCGAACAGCAAUCGGCGCUUGAGGAAAAGGAGAAGGAGCUUGAGCGACUGCGGAACCUGUUGAGCGAGACUCAGCGGUUCGUCCUCACCGGGCCGGAACUCGAGCGAAGCGCGAGGCGGGUCUCGGGCGCCCACGGCAUGGCUGAGCUGCCAAUGGUGCUCAGUCCGAGUCGGUCGAGGAGCGUCAGGGGAACGGGGUGGACACCGAGUAAGCGGGUCAUCAGCGACGUGAGCGGGUUGGGCUUAGGAACACCUGCAGCGGGAGCGGCAAACGGACGAGGGACGCUACGUGCCAGCGCUGGCGCACGCUUGGCGGAAGAGGACGAGUCGAGGGAGAAGGAGGCCGCGCUCACACAACAGCUCGAAGCAGCGCAGGCUCAGCUCGCUUCCCUCUCUUCCGCCAACGCCGACCUCGAAACGCUCCGGGCGCAGCUUUCCGAUCUCGAAGGCGCUUCCGCGCGGGCACGAGUCGAUGCGGACGCCUCGGCUCAGCUGAGCGAGGAUCGGCGACAGCGCAUCGUGGCUCUCGAGCGCGAGAUCUCGGCGAUGAAGGAGGAGUUGGACCGGUUGCAGGCUGAGCGGGACUCGCUGCGGACGGCGCUCCAGAGUGUGCAGGACGAGUUGCAGACUCUGCGGAAGAAGAAGGAUCAGGAGGUCAAGCAGCUGCAGGAACGUGUCGAGCGGAUGGAGCAGGACCACGCCGGGUCGGACGAUGCCAAGGCUGCCGCAUUGCGGGAAGCGCAGGACGCUCUCCGCAAACGGGACGCGCUCGUCGGCAAGCUCGAAGCGUCUGUCGCUGCCCUCGAACGGCGCUUGUCGGCGAAGGACGUCGAGGCGCAGUCGCUUUCGGCUGCCAAGGAGGAGACGAUCGCCUCGCUUUCGCGACAGGUCGACAGCGUCAAGACGGAACUUGCGACCGUCAUCGCCGCGCGGGAAGGGGCCGUCAAGGCGGCACUUGACGAAGCGGCUGCGACUCGGCUCGAGCGGGACGUUGCGCUAAAGUCGGUGGAAGAGGCGGAACGGCGGGUCAAGGAGGUCGAGGAGCUGGGCGAACUCCACACGCAGCAGCACAAGGCGACCGAGCAGCAGCUUGAGCGGGAGAAGGAGCUCGCCCUUCAAGCUGUUCAGGCGGAAGUCGAACGCCUCAAGCUGGACUUGCAGGCCAAGGCGCAGAAGGCGGAUCUGCUGCAGCGUGCGGUUGACCGCUUCGAGCGACUCGAGGCGCAACGACAAGCGUACGAGAAGAAUCAACGCGCCGGAACCGACUUGCUCAAGUCCCGACUCGCCGAAUUGCAGGCUCGCUCGUCGAACUCGGCCACUCCUCUCGCUCGCUCUUCGUCCUCUGCAUCAGCCGCCUCCACGAUGUCCGACUCGACUGCGCCGUCGAGCGUCAUCGAGAACAAUGUCGAGCUGCAGAUCCGCAACGCGGAACUCGCCUCACGGCUACUUGAGGUCGAGAAGCAGGCUGAGGUAUCGGAAGCGGCGGCACAGCGCGAGAAGGGCCAGCUGAACGGGCUGCUUGACCUGAAGCAGCGGGAGCUGGACGAGACUGAGGCGCGGGCGGAGGAUUGGAAGCAGAAAUACCUCGCCGCUCAGCGCAUGCUCGAUCAGCUCUCGGCUGCCCAAUCAGCCGCCGAUGAGAACCGCCGCCCAUCUGUCUCGCCAGACACCGAUCUCCUGCCUUCGCGCACGACCUCGCUCACCCGCCGCCCUCUCUCGACCGCCCAGUCUCCCGCACCCUCCGCCCGCUCCUCCCUCGUCUCGCCCUCCCAGAACCCCUCUUCCCCCUGGUCGAAGUCGAUUCCGCCUCCUCUCCCUUACUCGCCUCACCAGCAGCGCGAGCGGGAGCGCGAACGUAAAGCGCGGAGGGAGACGAUCGCGCGUGAUUUGCAGAGGUUGAAGGAGGGGAAGGUCGUGGGCAACUCGAGGGAUGGGUGGGAUAGUCCGACGACUAGUCCGACUAAGAGCGAGUUUGCGGCGAGGAGGGAGAAGUGGUCGAGUUGA